GCCUACUUUCUAGCAUUCAAACCGUAACCAAUGCAAACACAUACAGACAUGCUGCCUUUAUUGAUUCUGGCCGAACAUCAGAGCAUUUGAAUAAAAUUGGAACGUGUGGCUUUCUGAAAGUUGUAGGGUCGAGCUUAUAUCCAUACAGAAAGGACACAGGCCUAUAGUUCAACCCAAAUAUUACCAUCUCAAGUAAACUACAUUUAAUGGAAUUAUUGUUCUCCACUUGGAAGAAAUUUAGUUAAUAUAGUCUAAUCCAAUCAUCUGCGGUAAUUCUGAAGAACGUCACAUUGCGGAAGUAAACAACAGUCUUGUGAUUCCCCUGUCUGUAAUGUUUAGAUUGGUAAAUUCUUCUGAUGGCUCGCUAAACCUGAUCUAAGGGAUUUAUAUGAAUGAAAAAUAAUCCAUCAAGAAGCAUCAUUGAAUCGAGAGCAAAGCCAAUGCAUCUGAAACCGAUCAAGAUGGCUGUGGAGCAUCGACCACUGUGCCUUCAGUCUUUCCCCGUUCUGUUCUGGACGUGUUCACUGCUGCUGGUCGGCUGUGGGUGUGUACCCAUGCAGAGAGACAUGGCGAAAGAGGUGGCGAGCUACACUGACGUAGCCAAUCAGAUCAUCAAGCUGGUGUUGUCCGGCUCCGCCCAGAAGCGCUCCUAUGAACGCCUGUCCAACUUCACGGACGCCAUCGGCAACCGAGUCAGUGGCUCCCACAACUUGGAACUGGCCAUCGCAUACAUGUACAACGCCAUGAGCCAAGAUGGCCUGGAUGUACAUUUAGAGCCGGUUAAGGUCCCCCACUGGGUGAGAGGAGAGGAGGGGGCGGAGAUGGUCUUGCCGAGGCCCAAGACGCUGGCCAUGCUUGGGCUGGGCAGCAGCGUGGGGACCCCCCCUGAAGGCAUCGAGGCGGAGGUGGUGGUGGUGAGCUCCUUCGAGGACCUGAGGAGCCGCGGGGCCAACGUCUCGGGCAGGAUCGUGGUGUUCAACCAGCCCUUCGUCAGCUACGGCGAGACGGUGGCGUACCGGGCGUUCGGCGCGUCGGAGGCCGCCAAGCUAGGCGCCGUGGCCGCGCUAAUCCGCUCCGUCACCCCGGUGUCCAUCAACAGCCCCCACACAGGCGUCCAGGACUACCAGGAGGGGGUGCGGCGCAUCCCGGCGGCCUGCAUCACGGUGGAGGACGCCCAGCUCAUGGCCCGUCUGGCGGCCAGGGGUCAGCGGGUGGUGGUCCGGCUGAACAUGGGGGCCAAGACGCUGCCGGACGCCGACUCCUUCAACACGGUGGCGGAGAUCAAGGGAUGGCAGCACCCUGAACAGGUAGUCGUGCUCAGUGGUCACUUGGACAGUUGGGACGUGGGGCAGGGGGCCAUGGACGAUGGGGGAGGAGCCAUCAUCUCCUGGGAGGCCCUGUCCGUCAUCAAGGACCUAGGCCUGCGUCCACGCAGGACCCUGAGAGCCGUUCUGUGGACGGCAGAGGAGCAGGGCGGGGUCGGAGCCCAGCAGUACUACCAGAGACACAAGGCCAACAUCUCCAACUUUGACCUGGUCAUGGAGUCCGACUUGGGGACCUUCGCUCCAGUGGCCUUGCAGUUUACGGGCAGCCCAGCAGCUCAGAAGGUAAUGCAGGAGGUGGUCCAGCUCUUGGCCCCCCUGAAUACGACGCGGCUGGAGCCCCACGGAGAGGGCACCGACAUCGGCCCCUGGAUGCAGGCUGGGGUGCCAGGUGCGAGUCUCCACGUUGAGGACGACCGGUACUUUUGGUUCCACCACUCGGAGGGGGACACCAUGAGCGUCCAGAGCCCCGGCGCUAUGGACCGCUGCUCGGCAUUGUGGGCCGUGGUGGCCUACGUGGUUGCAGAUCUGCAGGACAUGCUCCCCAGAUAGCCAAUCACAACGGGGCAGGCCACCCCGGCCAUCAAUCAACCACACUAGGGAAUAAUUAGCACCGGCUGAUAAUUAGCUUUCCGAUCUUAUUAAAUUCCAAAGGUAGUUUUCAUUUUUAAUAAGGAUUUUGAGUUGUUAAGCCUAAAUACUUUUUUAUUUUGUUAAUAAGAGUGACCACACCAAAGCAUGAUUACUGGAUUAAAAACAUAAUUUAUUUGUAAUUGUUUUUUUAUGUUUUCGAAUUAUUCAACCUGUAGUCUGUGAUUUCCCAUGUUGCAUAUUAUUUUACAGAAAUGGUGUACUUUUAUUUGUGGACCUAUUCCCUGCUGUUGUCUUUUUGUAUUAAGGUUCACUUGUAAACAGGGUUGGAAAGUAUUAUCGGACAGUGGUUUAUUUCGUGAUUAAGAUUUGUACUUUUGGUACUACAAUAUCGAGCAGAUCACGACUUAAGCAACUUUUGUGGAUAUUGAAACGCACUGACCUGCUAUAGUACGCUGCUUUUUAUCAGCAUUUAUUUGCAAGAUCAGCAAUCAUGGCCGAAUUUGUUAUCGGGCCAUGAUUAAUGCUCUAGAUCUUACAGGACAUGUAAACAAGUAUUCUGCUUUUUAUGUUUGGCUAUCACAUAAUUAGCGCCAACAAGGAAGUAAUACACAUUGACGGGAACAUAGUUAGUAAUAUUAUCAGGGUUAUCAAACGGAUUGGGUCCAUUGUGCAUUCAUUCAGGUUUUCCGACAUUAGACGUAAGCCGGUAAUUUAUCGUCCUUAUCUUUCUUUUAGAAGGUCCCUUUCAGGUCGACUACUGUGUAAUACUAUAGCCUGCAAACCAGAGUCUAAUCUGCAAACUCAUGUUUUAGUUGCCCUUACCAACUUUCUGGCCCAGUACUGUUUUGAGAGAUUUCCAUCACAAUCAAUUUUAAGAAAAUACAAUCUAUCGAGCUAGGAAAACAUGAUUAGGCACAAAAACGCAUGUCUCUUCUACAAAAUCAUACAUGGCAUAUCCCCCCCUCCACUCAAAAUUUGUUAAUUAUAGAACAAAUCCACAUCGGAUCACAAUAGGAGUCACGAGAGGGAACUGCAUUAUUCCAUUAAGGAAAAGUGCCUCGAUGCUUUGGUGGGCUACUGCUUCGAUGUCUAACACAUCUGAUGUUUAAGUCCUGGUCUAUCUUUUUAUUUGUAUUUGUCUGAUGCUGGCUCUUGUUUGUCCUGCAUGAUUUAUGUAUUUUAUGGCUUAAACUACUGAAUACUUGUAUGUGGUUAUAAUUAAUGUUUUAUCUGUUGCUUUUAUCUUAGUUAAUGUGUUGUGUUUUUUUAUCUUCUUGUUAUUUGUUAUUUGCUUUUUAGGGAGCCUAUUGUUACAUCUGGCCAAGGACUGCAGAUGGCAACUAGCCAUUUGGCUAAAUCUGGCAUAUUUACAGAAAUGUUUAUUAAGAUGCAUUGUCCCUUCGAAUAAAUAGAAAAAAAAGCAGACCUGACCGUAUAUUUUCUUGCCGAUACAACGGUACACAUAUAGGCAAGCUACUUGGAAGUGUAAUGAGGCAAUCUGCCAAGGAGGCCUCACAGCAGUUGGCCCCCAGAGAAGGAGGCAUUGUUGGUAUUCAUGGCUGUAAGUCUGUGCAUUAGGAUUCACUAUCCAAGCCCUCAGGUUCACUAUAGGUUACUAUAGGUUAACUAUCUUUUAGGGACAGAUCAUUUGUGACGAUGACAGCGCAUAUGGUGGGAGACCAACAGUGUGAUAAUAAUAAUUAUUUUUAUUAUUAUUUUAUUAUAUAUAUUUUUGCGAUAAAAUAUUUUUUUAUUUUAUUUUAUCAUAUUUUACCAUAUUUUCAGAAGUUACGCCUCACUUUAGUCUCUCUUGACUUACCUUCCGUGGUACCUUUUGUCCUCUAAAGCCGAAGUCCCUCAGAUCAAGCUUUCCUUGUCGCUUGGCCAUGAUGCUGAAAUCACCUGUGCAGGCUGCGUUUCCAUGUCGCUGAUUGACGUGACAUCAAUUUGUGUCCCCUCAUCCCCCCCUCAACUCGAGUGCUGGCUGUAGUUCACAAAGCAGGCUCACACAAAACCUAACAUUAUCAAACUUCUUCGGGAAUUUGUUAUCUUUGCAUGGAAAAUUAUAAUUUAAAUCCACAAACAACAUAUGUGUAAUCCACGCCAUAUAAAGAUUGGGACCAGAAAAUAAUUAAUAUAAUUAAUAAUUAAUAAUUAAUCUCUCCAUUGAAACCCAUUCAUAUUUAUUGAUUUAUUAUAUGAUUUAUUGAUAGUGAAAUCAGUGAUAUUGAUUUAGCUUUGUGCUUUAGGGCUUUCAAGGCUUUCAUGUGCAUUGUUAGGUAAAAGUGGUCAUUGUUGUCAAAGGCUGAUCAAUUUGCGAAAGAACAGAUGGAUUGCAAAUCCGUGCACGAAUCCGAGGGAACGCCAUCAAUUGGUUCGCCCACUUACUGUUUUGGAAAAAGCUUUGGAAACUCAACAAAAAGUUUCAGAAUAUUUCAAGAAAAUGUCUGAAACUUUGCCACCUAAGGAUUUUUGAUUAGGGUAUGCCAAAAAAUACAUGAUUCUGAGUCAGCAGGUCAAAAUGUUUCCUUCUCGGCAUCUCAGGGAGAUUCCAUUCCAUAAAUUCUCUGGCAGUCGGAUUGUAAAUAUUAUCCCUUCCAACUACGUACAUUUAUCAGUGAGACCAACCUAUGACGUUCUCUCUUUGCAGAUCAUUUAAGGUUUGCUUAUUCUAUUUUUAUUCUAUUGUAUUUUAUUUAUAUUUUAAGCACAGAAAUACAGAGUAUGUCACAAAAACAUUUCACUGCACACCCUGUAGGAGUA